UCGCGCUACGAGUCUAUGACCCCACACCACAUCUAAUCUUAGCUAGGUUCUUUCCAGACCUCCCAUUAUUAAAAUAUAAUCACUAAAUCCUCCUCCAUUUUCAAUGCUUUGAAAUAGGGGUUGAGGGCGGACUGGUUCUUUUGUGUUGUGCUUUAUGCUUUGGGCAGUAGGAAUUAUCUUUUCUCUUCUCUAAUUUCCUUUUUUAUUAAUUAAGUAAAGUAAAAUUCAUUUAAUUUGUGGGAUGCGGUUUCUCAAGAUUUCUAGAAGGUGCACGUCAUUGUCUCUUUUUUCCUCCCCCUUCUUUAAAAAGGAUUUCUUACAGGAACUACGAACUGGGCACCGGAUCGGAAUCUUAUUCUUAUUUCGUCCGAUCAAUUCAUUCAUUCUCCGACUCUCGAAGUUAUGGUCCAUUCCUCCCAACAUGGAAUUUGACAGGCCCCCCGUCCUCUCCGGCUUCUACUGCUGGGACUGGGAAUUCCUCACCGCUCUUCUUCUCUUCAGCUCUCUCAUCUGACAAUUCCUCCUCCUCUUAAUUCAUUUUUUCCUAUCGAUUUUUCGUUCUUUCCUUCUUUCCACCAAUGGCGCAGAGGUCGCUUCCGGCGCCGUUUCUCACCAAGACCUACCAACUCGUCGACGAUCCCGCCACCGACCACGUCGUUUCCUGGAAUCAAACUGGCUCUACUUUCGUCGUCUGGAAGACCGCCGAUUUCGCUACUGAUUUGCUCCCCAAAUACUUCAAACACAACAAUUUCUCUAGCUUCGUCCGUCAGCUUAAUACAUACGAACAGCAUCAUGAGGGAAGGGAAAACCCGCGGUUCAGCUAAUGAGAAAUGUUGGGACGGCGUGGAUCCGGACGGCGACGGUAACAACAUCGAUGACGACGAAGAAGAUGAUGUAGGAAACGGCGGCGAGACUCUGAAACUGUUUGGGGUUUGGUUGAAAGGGAGCGAGAAGAAGAUGAAGAUGAAGAUGAAGAGGUUGCGAGAAGAGAAAAUCGGGUGCAGCAGCGCACCACAUGCAAAAGCGAUGAAGUCGGUGGAGAUGCACGCGCCGUUGAUGACGAGCAGCAACCUCUGCAACUGACGACCGCGCGCGUGUAGGCCACGCAGAUGGAAAUGAAGGAGACGACGCCGUUUAGUAGAAGCAACAACUAUAAGUAGUUUCUAGAGAGUUCAAAGGGACUCGGUACAGUUCAUGGAUGGAACUUGAACUGGAAGCAAGGUUUUUUCAAUUUAAUAUAAGAUAAGAAAGAAAGAAGAAAUUAGGAAACAUAUUAAAUUUAAUAAGAAGAUUGGAUUCGUAUGGUGUAAUAUAAAAUUAGAUAGUUGAUAAUAUGGGGAGAAGGUAUAAGGGUGGAGAUCAAAGGCAAAUGGGUGUCCAUCUCUUGACUUUAAAAUCUUUGCAAUUCAAGCUUCAAAAAUAUCUUUUACUCAUA